UGCCACGGGGUUUACGGAUGCAAAUGUGCAGUUACGCGUAUGUGCCUCUGACGCAUGAAUCGAGUCUUGUGUUACGGGUAUGUGCCACUUUCGCACCCAUUUUACCUUCAUAGGCUAAAGCCGUAAUUUACAGCUCAAUGGCUAAAGCUCACCGUUGCGCUGCGCCACCAACGUGAAAGUCACGUGACCAGUCAAAUCGCACCCUUACGGUUAGAAAGUCAUGUUUUAUCAUAUUGCGAUAUAAUCGCAAAUGCAAUUAAUCGUUCAGCCCUACCUCAAAUCUAGUUUGGUUGGGUCUUGGAAUGCUUAAUUCUGAGGUAGAACAUUGAAUAUAGCGGCUUGAAAACAUUUAAUAAUUAGAAAAAUGAAGCGAUUCAGUGUCACCACCUUGUUGUGCUGUUGAUCUAUAGCUAUGUUUAGACAUCAGCUUAUAAUGCAAAAGCAGGGGAAUCACAGCGAUGUUUCGUCGUGUAUAAAGACCACUGUGUGAAUGCUAAUGAGCUUCUUCUAACGUGUCCAGUGAGGCUAGUUAGACGUUAGGGUGGUUAUACUCAUUGAAGAUUUCACGGAAGAGGUGUUCACACCAAGCCAAUAUGUUUUGUUGGGUAUUAAUGGAAGCCUUGUGUUGGUACGAGUGCUCAUGUGGGUGUAUUUGUAAUGAAAGCGGAUGAGUCAUCGAAUUAGACUUGUGAGUCUUGUUACUACAAUCACUGAGGUCUGCUGUGUGGGAUGCAGGAGGUGAGAGCUUCAAAUAGAAACUGUCUUCAGAGCCGGAUAUCACGCUAAAGUUAUUGGAUUGCAGGGUUGUGGGAACAUAAUCUUUUCAUGUUCCAUCACCAUUUUUUUCUAGUUUUCAAACCGGGAUUUCGGGGCUGAAACAUCAUGCAAUAGGGGAACCAUGUUCGAGGGACAAAGGAGAAUGACCUUUGAGUCAUAUUGUCAUGCAUAUAGUAAACAUUGUAAGGUUUUGAAAUUCCUAAAGCGUCAUCUUAGUAGCUCACAGCUGUUACUGCUCUCUGAAGUGUCCUUUAGUUGGGGGACAACAUGUAUUAUUAAUCAGCAAUCUGUCCAAAAUAGCUUUGCCAACACUUUGCUAAGUUAAAUGCCACAUUUGGUCAACACAGCCGGUCUGUGAUCAGUAGUGCGAGCAAGCAAAUACUAAACCAGGUGGGAGAGAGGCAUGGAGUUGGGUAUUAGACGACAAGCUAGCAGUGACAAAAACUGCGAGGAAGUGUUGUUUCUCCACAGAUGGGUCAGCUGUCUCCGCUCAGGUUUUAUGAUGGCUCAGCUGGCAGUGGUGAGGAUUCUGAAAGAUCUCUCUCAUCCUCAUAUGCACAUUCAUGCCUUUCUCUUUAGGCUUGUAUCUAUACAUGACACAACAAACUUUUUAUCAGACUGUAGUUCAACAUGACCACAAACCUGACCUGGACGAUGGAUGAGUGAAUGUUUCUAGAAUGAAUCAGGCAGCAGUUGUAUUUUUAGCCGUCCCCCUGCGUUGGUUUGACAGCCUUGUUGAUGGCCCCCGGUCAAUUGAUGUGUCUAGCAAUAAAAACAAAACCAACCAAAAAAAUCAAUAUCAAGGGCUCACAUUGACAUAUUUCUCUGUUUUGCCAUUUUUCAAAAUGUAAUGAAUUCAUUAACAAGGAAGGCGCACAAAUCUUUGUUAUUGAACCUGGAAGCCACGGUUGCUUUGUUUACAUGGACCAGUGUAAUCGGUAUAUAUGCAGAUCAGCGUCAUUGCUCUGGUUUUUGGUGUUUAUGUCGGGUCAGGCUGUUUUUGGAUUUAUCGUCCAUCUACGUAUCUAUUCAACAGUCAGCAUCUGAUGCUCCAAAAUUAUCCUGUUGCUGCUGUCGGUGAGAUUUGCUGGUUAUGUGCCGGUUUUGUGCCAUGAUGCCUCGGCCAACACAACUGCUGUGAGAAGUCCAAAAUCCAAAUCUCCAGGUGGACUCAAGUCCAGGUCCAAAGCCCAUAUUCACAGAUUGGAUUGUUCUCGGAACUUUGACCGAGGACUGAGCUGAACAGAAAAAAGUAACUACAGUCUUGUAAGACAAUAAUGUUACUAAACAUUCAUUCAUUGAAGUAUUUGACAGAAGGAAGAAUUUGGCUGAGGCAGGAGCAGAAGGGGGCAUGUUGAAAAAUCAGAAAUCAGCAAGUGUAUUAGUGCAGUCCCUUUCAGUGAAUUAUUAAGAAGACAUCAGACCUCAAACAAAAUAUCACUGUUAAGUUUUCAAUCUGCCCUGGUCUCAACAGCCACUAAGAGUCGCGUCUGAUCGUGAAUGACUGGCCAAGAGCAGAUAUUGGAAAUUUAAGAACUUUCCAGUUGAUGCAGUGGAUUCUGAGCCUUUCCUAAUCCAUGCUGUUACUACAAGUGCUUCAAACAUAGGGCUGCAGGCAGAGGCUUUAUCUUCAACAGAAGAAGCUGCACGACUCGAUUGAGCUGCGAAACAAAUGGGUUUUACAAGGGAGAAAUUCUCAAAUAACUAGUCGACUCCGCGGUGAAUUUCCAUGCAUGGGGAUUGUAGAUUUGGGAUGAUAGAAAAAUGAUGCCGCUGGUGAGUUAACUUGCAGGACGAAGGAGCGGGGUUAAAAAAGGUGUAUGAUGUAACAGCGAGGCAAGAGAGGAGACGAAGGAGAUUUGCCCAAAGCGAAGGCAUGUGGUGCUUUUCAUGAGCCUUGUAAAAAUGAACGAUUGCAAUUUGCUUUUGGACCACCUGAAAAUCUGAUGUCUAAAAUGGUUGAUGAGAGCAGACAGAGCCCCUCCCUCAUCGGUCCCAUUGAUAAAAUGCAGCCAGAGUAAAUAGACAGGGAUAGAAAGCUGCUUAUGAGCGAGUAUAUCUAGGUGUAUUAAAAUGCUGCAUGUGUCCGAUCUGUGGCGCAGACAGAUGGUUACGCCCCAUGAGAAGAGUCUGCGGAUCACUUGCAGGAAAUGUAUCCGAGGGUGGAGCCAACAGCCCUCACAAUGUGGCAUGAUUUUGGGUCGAGGGCAGAUCAAAACCUAUCAGACCCACACAUUCUUUAUAGGCAGCUGUUUCACCAGAUGUCUUUGUUACUGUCUCCAACUACACGUUUAAUUUCAUAUGUGACACAUCGUUGUGCAUUUUAAAAACCUUAAUUCUUCAUUGAGCAUUGAGGGAAUGGAAACGAUGAACUAGUGAACCCUGCCCAAACUUCCCUACUAAGUUGCUUCACCUAUCUUCAAUGACAUUGCGGAACUAUCAGGAAGAAAGGGGCGCUGCUGUUAUGCCCCCUGUACUUUCAUCCUAUCACAUUUCCAAACCCUGACUUUAAGCGGAUUCAAGAAAGUGUUAUCUAAAAUGAACAUGUAAGCAUGAGAUAUGUGUAACCCCUGUGAUAUGAACCUCCCAGCACCGUCCUCCUGGUUGGGGAUCUUUUCAUUAUUUAUCGCUAUGCUUUCCUUUUGUGACUCAUCGACUGCUGCAGUGGGAAUGUUUUCUCGUCUGAAACUCUUCCAUGUCUUCCAGCAGUAUCAACACUGCCCCUGGUUUUUGUUGGGGAUGUGUGGAGGUUUUCUGACUUUGAAAAGUCGGGAUCACGACUGACACAUAAAAUAGCGAUAACUUGUUAUAACUAGUUUUGUAUGCUUUAACCACUUACUGCGCUGUGUGUGAUUUCUACUCUAAUUCCAGUUUGAUGUACUGAGACCUGUGCAUUCAUCCAUACCAAUACGGUACUUUUACGUGGUUUAUUGACAUUUGAUUUUUGGCAUGAGUGGUGUUUUUAUUCCACAUCACGAAAUGAUCAAACUCAGGGAAUCAGGUAUAUGCAUUUUGGGGUCCUGGUGCUCAAGCCAGAAAAGGACACCCAUUGCAAAAAAAAAAGAAAAAAAAAAGAAAACGAAUCACUGGAAUAAUCAACUUUAUUGUGUCUAUUGUGAAAAAAUAUUUUGCCCACAUCAACAUCGCUUCAUUAAAACUUUGUCCCGUCUUGUGAAAUUCACAUUGAAUCUUACUCACAUUAUUCAUGUUUCUACUUUGUGCUCGACUGUUUUUGGGUCAUUUCAUCAGUCUAUUUUGGUGCUGGUCCAUAUUCAGUGGCCUGCAGUGCAUUUCUGCUGAACCUGAAAUUUUUUAUAGGUUUUAUUAAGAUCAUAUUUUUGUCUUACAAAUGAAAUAGGCUGCCACAUCAUACAUAUAAUAAUGUAGCUUGGGUUUUGGUGGGAAUAUUCAAAAAACAUACCAGAGGAAUCCUCCCAUUAUUACUCAGUAUCCGAUAAGCACCAGAGCCUAGACAUGGAUUCAUCAGGUCCGUUUAAUAUCUAAACAAAUACAGGAAUAUCGCGAUCUCAAGCUACUGGACAUGAAAAUGGAUUUGGAUGUUUGACUUGUGCAUUUUAAUGCUAAUGUUUAUAGUGGUUGUCUACAUAGCAUCCAAUACUCUCAGCAUAAUCUUUCACUGUGGCCGACAACAUCCAUGCCUGUACGAUACCAGCUGGUUGGGAGUUCCUGUUUGUGCACCUGUCAACUUUAUUCCCCGUUUGUUUACUCCCACAGGAUCAGAACGUCAACAGUAGGCACCACUGCGCUUCUGGAAGUGACAGAGCGAGCGAGAGGGAGAGAGAAAUAGGGAGGGAAAGGAGGCUUAGAGAGAGAGAGAGAAAAAUCGGUGGACUGGGAGCAAUAUUGAAGAACUGCACAGCUGGUUGCCCCUUUCAGUGUGUGAGGGAGCUGUUGUGUCUCAUACAGGAGAGUGAGCCCGCAGUACCAGUAGUAGGAGCAUCUCUCUGUCUGGAUGUUAACACAGCCGCCCUCAGCUGCAGGACCAAGCCUUACUGGCAUCACCUCAGAGGUCCCUGGUAAUGCAGAGCCUCCGCCCCGACCCCCGAGCCCUGCCAUGUACCAGCUGGAUAUCAUCCUGAAAAAAGGGACGAACCUCGCCAUCCGAGAUCGCACAGGUACCAGUGACCCCUAUGUGAAAUUUAAGAUCGCUGGGAAGGAGGUGUUCAGGAGCAAGACCAUCCACAAGAACCUUAAUCCAGUCUGGGAUGAGAGAGUGACUCUUCUGGUGGAAACACUGAGAGAACCCCUGUAUGUCAAGGUCUUUGACUAUGACUUUGGACUUCAGGAUGACUUUAUGGGAUCUGCUUACCUUUACCUGGAGUCACUUGAACAUCAGAGGACUCUGGAUGUGACGCUGGACUUGAAGGACCCGCAGUAUCCAGAUCAAAAUUUGGGCAGUCUGGAGCUCAGUGUCAACCUGUCGCCACGAGAGGGAGAUGUUCGGGAUGCUACCAUGCUUUUGAGAAGGAACUGGAAGCGAUCUAGUAAGUAUCAGAGCAUGCGUUUGUCAGACGUGCACAGGAAAGCACAACUAUGGCGGGGUAUCGUCAGCAUCAGUCUGAUUGAAGGCCGUGGCCUCCAGCCCAUGGACGCCAACGGCCUCAGUGACCCCUAUGUGAAGUUCAGGAUGGGACACCAGAAGUAUAAGAGUAAGACAAUUGCCAAAACUCUGAACCCUCAGUGGAGAGAGCAGUUUGAUUUCCACUUGUACGAGGAGCAGGGAGGCUAUGUGGACAUCACACUGUGGGACAAAGAUGCUGGCAAGAAGGAUGACUUCAUGGGCAGGUGCACCAUCGACCUGUCACUCCUAAGCAAAGAACACACACACCGGCUGGACCUGCCGCUGGAAGAAGGCGAAGGAGUGUUGGUGCUGCUAGUUACACUCACCGCAUCCGCCGCCGUUUCCAUCUCAGACCUGUCAGUCAACAUGCUGGACGACUCGCACGAGAGACGCCAGAUCACACAGAGAUAUAGCCUGUGGAGGUCAUUCCACAACCUGAAAGAUGUCGGCAUGGUUCAGGUGAAGGUCAUCCGGGCGGAGGGACUGAUGGCUGCCGAUGUUACAGGGAAAAGUGAUCCUUUCUGUGUGGUGGAAUUGAGCAAUGACCGUCUUCAGACACACACCGUUUACAAGAACCUUAAUCCAGAGUGGAACAAGGUCUUCACUUUUAACGUGAAGGAUAUUCACUCAGUGCUGGAGGUCACCGUUUACGACGAGGAUCGAGACAGAAGUGCCGACUUCCUAGGAAAAGUGGCUAUUCCUCUACUUAAUAUCCAAAAUGGAGAGCGCAAAGCCUACGUCUUGAAAAGCAAGGAGCUGACAGGGCCAACCAAAGGGGUCAUCUUCCUCGAAAUAGAUGUGAUUUUUAACGCUGUGAAGGCUGGUCUCCGAACGUUGAUCCCCAUCGAGCAGAAGUACAUUGAGGAGGAACCGCGGGUGUCCAAACAGCUGUUGUUACGAAACUUCAACCGGGUCCGGCGCUGCAUCAUGUUCCUGAUCAACACGGGCUGCUACAUUAAUAGCUGCUUCGAAUGGGAGUCACCACAGAGAAGCAUCUGUGCCUUCGUGCUUUUUGUCCUUGUGGUAUGGAACUUUGAGCUCUAUAUGAUCCCCCUGGCGCUGCUUCUGCCGCUUGCUUGGAACUACAUCCUCAUCUCAUCGGGGAAGGACACGAGGCAAGACGUGCAAGCCAUGGAGGACCUUCUGGAGGAUGAAGACGAGGAUUAUGACAAAGAUGACAAGGACUCUGAGAGAAAGGGCUUCAUGAACAAGCUUUACGCCAUUCAGGACGUGUGCAUCAGUGUGCAGAAUGCUCUGGAUGAAGUGGCCUCCUAUGGGGAGCGGAUAAAGAACACCUUCAACUGGACCGUGCCUUUCUUAAGCUGGCUUGCCAUCGUGGCUCUCGGACUGGCAACCGUCCUCGUCUGCUUCAUUCCGCUGAGAUAUAUAGUGCUGGCCUGGGGGGUGAAUAAAUUUACCAAAAAACUGCGAGACCCUUACACCAUCGACAACAACGAGCUCCUCGACUUCCUGUCCAGAGUGCCCUCGGACGUGCAAGUGGUGCAGUACCGUGAGCUGAAACUAGAUCCCAAUCCCAGUCCAAAUAAGAGGAAGAAAAACAACCCCGGGUAGAUGACUGCAUCCUCCCACCCCACCGACGCUUGUCUUCUGCAGGACUUUCACUGGACGCCGGCGCCAACGCGCUCGGCCUCACUUUCUUUCCUCUGGUUUGAACUCUCCACCUCGCACAUUUGGGUUUCUGGGGUAUCGUUUGGAAAUCAAAGUCUUAAUUGUGAUAGAUGGUCACAAGGAGCGGGAGGAUGGAUAGAAGAAGUUUUCGCGAAUGAGUUGCCACCAUUAUUUUUUGAAAGCUGAAAUGUGUUUUAACAUUUCGGCCCUAUGUCUGUUGAAUCGUCCGUCGCUCUCACCUGGAAGGGUUCCUGGGCAUGACGCAACUCUCUGUCACGGCGACACACACUGGAUGCAAAUGACGUCACCAGGAGAGUCAAACAGGUGCAAAGUCUGUGUUUACAACAGCGGGGCCGCAGUGGGGGCAAGUUUUAGUUCCGACCAAACAAGCGGGUGCAGCUGAAACAAGCAGCACCAGAAUGACAGACACCCGAGUGGUGAGAAGGUGACUGGCUGGAACAAAAACCUCCACCCACCACAGCCCUGUGAGGACCGGUUUCAGACCCCUGGUUUAUGAGUAAGGCUUCGGUUUCAAGGAAGCCCAACAGCAAUCAAACUGUCCUGAGAUUCGGGUUCCUAGUGGGACAAAAAGAAGAAGAAGAAAAAAAAAAAAACAACUCCCAAAUGUCAUGGGUUUGUGCCUAUUUAAAUGUUAAAAAUGUCUAAAAAUAAACAAUAGCUUGCAGGACAAACACUCUAAACAGACAAAAGCAACAAGAAUUAAGAGGCGCUUAUUGCUCUCUUGUUGAUAGCUGUUUUUUCUUUAAGAACAAAAGCAUUUAUCGGACACUUUUCUCAUCCGAAUCUCUUGCCAAGUAAACACAUGCUCAUUUUCAGUGCUCAUAAGAGUGAGCUGGUGCCUGGUUUUCAGCUCUUGCUAGCGUUAGCCUUAGCUCCACUGCAGGUUUCGCAUGCUGCAUAUGUUGCAGAGUGGCGUCUUCCUAAAUGGCGGAUGAGAUUUGCUUGUAGCUCUUCCUUGAGUUAUUCACGGCUCAUGAGAGCUACAAAUCGCGAGCGCCGGAUGUCUGCUGACGCGGCGGGCAAACCUGUCAAGUCAGCCCUCGCUCCCGGCACAGCUGAAGGGGACUGCCUUCCACUUACCUUGGAAGCUGGGAACGUCACAGCCGGGCUUCAUGCGUACCGGUUUGCCAACUAGCCACAGGAGGAAGAAGAAACAUACAAGAAACAAGAAGAAACGUAUUUUGUUGAUUCAAAAUUUCUACUUCCUGUUUACGUUCGGGGAAGCCAUCUUGGAUUCCGUAGCUGGGAGCAUCCUGGAUCCGAGCACAAGUGCAACAUACCCUAAUGCAGUCCUUCUCAAAUAGUGGGGCACUUGGGGACAUACUUUUUUGCCAUAAUAGAAUAGUGUAAUUGCUUAUUUACUAAUGAUUUUCUCUUUUUAAUUUCAGGCAAAUUGAUGCACUUUAAGUACAAUGUUAUGCUGAGGUGUAAUUUGAUAGACAAAUUAUACUAUUUACAGAGGUAGCGGGAGUUGGGGGUGUGGGGACGUACUUCUUCCUGAGGGGGGGCGCAACAGAAAAUAAUUGAGAAGCACUGGCCUCAUGGAAGGAGAAGGUCUGAAUGAAUGCUGGAAGAAAGAAACACAUUCUGUGGAUUUGUUUCCUCGUCAUCCAGCGGAGUUUCUAGUUGCAAACUGAGUGUGAAUUCAUCAGGAAGUUGCUUAUAGCUGGAAAAGGCAACGGUGAGAAUAGCUUUAGUGGACAUUGCUAUCGUGUUACUGACUUCGCUAAGCGGAGCAGGCUGUGACGUCAUUCUCAGCUCCGCCUUUCCAUUUGUCAGGUCACCACAGGUAGAAGAGCUCAGGUUCAGCAGAGAGGUUCGGCCGAGCCUUCCAAAUGACUUACGCAGACGGACAAGUGGGCUCCCCUCCACAGAGAAAACAAUCACAUAGGUAUCAGCGAAUGAAGGAUGGGUGGCGUGAGCAGAGUGGUACCAACCACAACGACUCACCUGCCAGAAAGGUGGCGAAACGCCUCCAACUGAACGCACCUGACACUCGCUGCAAUGGCGUGUUUUCAGCAGCGUCUCAAUAUGAAGAUGAAGAAAACUGCCUGUUUGCUCGCAGAUGUUGCCAGCGCACACACUCAGACGCUCACAAACAGUGGGUGUGAAGCUCGCCCCGGGCUGGCCGCCCUCUCCAUCUGCCCCGCUACAACUUUGAUCCGCAGACAUACGCUGGUGUGUGUAAACUGUUAGCGUUUGCAUACGCGCCAUUACCGAAUCAAAGCCGAGUGUUGUUUUUGUGAUUGGAGCGCCCCUCUAGCUAGAGCUCUUUCGACGUGCGUGAAGCCAGCUGUUACCCGCCUGUGUGCGACGGUAGUGUAAAGGACCCUCCGCUAGAAGAGAUGACACCUGAGACCUGAGUGUGUGUGCGGUUUGGUCCUGUUUCUUCUUCCCGCACCGGAGCUCCUUCAUUCGUCAGCCAGCGGGGUUGCGACCCUGUCUGAGAGGGGCUCUCCUGGGCUCGCCGCCGAGCAUCUGCUGAAAGAUCACAGCGGAGAAGGUCUGCUCUCCUCCAGCCCUCCUCCAUCUUUCACCUUCUUUAAACUGCCAUUUUCCCAUGCUGUCCGUCAGCGUGUCAGCCGACUCCUCUCAGCCUCUCCUGCUCCCUCUGAAGCCAUCCAUCUACAUGCUUAAAUAUCAACAGGCUCCGAUCCGUCACUCCUGAGGGCCAUUGAUUUUGUUUGGUUGUUUUGAGGAAUCCACUUGAAAGACAAUAACAGACUGUCCCCGAUGAGCGGCGUCGCAGACUGAUUAGAGCGUCCUCAGCAAACACUCCGCCUUGUGAAGGAUGGCUCUUUAUAAAGCCUGAAGGGACCCGGAUCCAUGCGUGUCUCCUACUGUACGUCAUAGUUUUACUCUCACACUUCUGCUAUUUAUCGUUGUUGGAAACCAAAGUGUUUUAAAAAAUGAUAAGAAGGAAUGUAUCAGAGGGAAUGCUGUAAAAAUAUUUAUUUUCAAACGUCAACGUUUCAGUUUGUAUUUUUACCGAAUGCUUGUUGAUGUCGACGACAUUGUGUAGUAGAUGUGUAUGCCUGCUUUGUUUUCUAAAUCGUGUCUAUCCGCCUGCGAUGUUGCCUGCCUGUAAAAUUCACCUUUAUGUGCCGGAAGUCAGACCAGUGACUCAUCGGAAAGUGAUGUCACAAUAUAUGUUUAUUUCUUAUUUGAGAAAUGCAUCUGAUGUAUGUUGCUUAUUUUGAGAAGAAAAAGAAACCUGGGGAAAAAAACAGAUUAAAUAUUUUUUAUUUUCUGGA